GCUUUUGCCCCGGCACAGCAGGCGCGACUCUUAAGGAAGCAGAGGCCUUCUCAGGACUCUUGGGGUGCUUGCAUCCACUCACUAGGUGGCUGCAGCCUCUGGCAGGGCACGCCCUCGGCGCUAUUGCCGCGCCCCUCUCGAGUCCGCCCCUCCCGCCCCAGGGAGCGCGUACCCACUGCUGGAGAGUCCUGCCUUCCUCAGCUCCCCAGGCGGGAGACGAUGAAGAGGCUAAACUGGGUCUCUGGCCAUCGGAUUCCUGGCCCGAGCUGCCCACGGUAUCCAAGACCGUGACGUGGCGACACUGGCUGAGCCUCAGAAACGGAGAUUGGGGCUGAUCGGGACUCCGAGGCCGCAUCCUCUGGCCUCUGAGAGCCCCAGCAUCAUGCAAGUGGGCACUGGCUGCCGAGUGGCCAGGAAAGCCCGGGUGCGACCCUAGCCUGCAGAUCCAGACCUCGCGCUGUGAGGGCUGAAGUUGCCCUACGCCAGGGCUGUUGCCCCAAGUGCAAAGCCUGGGCUACCCUGGAGCCUAGGACUCUUUUGGCGUUGGAGGCCGUGUAGACCACCACCUCAGAGCCACACAGAUCUGCGGAGGACCGGGGACCAAGAAAGAGCUGGAGCAGCCUCCAGAGGAUAGAACUGACUGAUGCUCCAGUGUAGUCAGUGAGCUUGCACAUCUAAAUCAUGGAAGCCAAUCAGGAAGCUUCUCUCUUUUUGGUGAAGAUCUUAGAAGAAUUGGACAGUAAACAAAAUACCGUUUCCUAUCAAGACCUGUGCAAGUCACUGUGUGCCCAGUUUGAUCUGUCUCAGCUUGCCAAACUGAGAAGUGUGCUUUUCUACACAGCAUGCCUCGAUCCCAACUUCCCAGCCACUUUAUUCAAAGACAAGAUGAAAUGCUCUGUAAAUAAUCAACAGUCAAAGAAAAUCAUGGUGGCGGCAGAUAUCGUGACAAUCUUCAACCUGAUCCAGAUGAAUGGGGGCACCGCUAAGGAGAAGCUGCCCACAAGUUGCCACAAGAUGCGCAAGAAGGAGGCAUCCUUUGAGUCUUGCCGGUCCGACACUGAGGUGUGCAGCCCGACAGUUUGUGAGUCUCUGAACUGUGAGCUGAGUGAGAGGCCCUUCAGCCGAGGCUACCCCACCAGGCAGUCAUCCAAAUGUAAGGAAUGUCCACAGUUCGUCCCUGCCUCUGAGCCCAACUUCCUGUUGGGUGUUAGCAAAGAGGUGAAAAAUCGGGCAGCCUCUCUGGACAGGCUGCAAGCCCUGUCCCCCUAUUCUGUGGCCAGCCCUCAGCCCUGUGAGAUGCAGAGGACCUAUUUCCCCAUGAAUAUUGAGAAUGAGUCCAUUUCAGAUCAGGACUCUCUGCCCAUCAGCCAAGGCAUCAAAGAGACCUUCAUCUCCAGUGAGGAACCAUUUGUGGUUCAGUCCUGUGUUCAGAAAAGGAACAUCUUCAAAGAAGACUUUCACAAUCUCAUGACUGUAUCCCCCAGUUUGGUUGGUACAACCAACAAAGCAGAAGAGGAUCAUGGGGAGCCCCAGAGUCAGAAGGAGCUGCACAAGCCACCGUUCUUCAACCACAGCUUUGAGAUGCCUUACCACAACCAGUACCUGAAUCCAGUGUAUUCCCCCAUCCCUGACAAAAGGCGGGCGAAGCAUGAAAGCUUAGAUGACCUUCAAGCCUCUACCUAUUUUGGACCCACUCCAGUGAUGGGAACACAAGACACCAGGCGCUGUCCAGGGAGGUCCAGUAAACAGACUCCAUGGCCCGCCAAAAGCUGGAGCCUAAACACGGAGGAAGUGCCUGACUUUGAACGCUCCUUUUUCAAUAGAAAUCCCUCUGAAGAGAAGCUACGCUAUCCGAAUUCUGGCAGCCAGACUCCCAAUUUCUCAGGCCCAGACAGGCAUCCAGUUUACCUGGUGCCAAAGGAUCAACAGAAGGUUCUCCCUGCUGGCUACGCAGUGAAACCAAAUGGACUCAAAUCUAAAGAGAUCUCGUCCCCUGUUGACCUGGAGAAGCACGAAGCAGUCAAGAAGUUUAAAGACAAAACCAUCAGCUGUACCAGUGGGCAGCACAGCUCAGACACCAGCAGUGUGGGUACCCAGACAGAGCAGCAUGUGCUGGACCCCCCAAAAUGCAAAGACUUGUGUGCUUCGGGUCAGGCCAAGUACAGUGACAGGCAUGCCAUGAAACACUCGGAUGAUGACUCAGAAAUCGUCAGCGAUGACAUCAGCGACAUUUUCCGGUUUCUUGAUGACAUGAGCAUCAGCGGCUCCACAGGAGUGAUCCAGUCAUCCUGCUACAACAGCACCGGCUCCUUGUCUCAGCUUCAUAAGUCAGACUGUGAUAGUUCGCCAGAGCAUAACCUCGCCAAAAUCACCAAUGGGGUCGCCAGCAGCAAGGGAGACAAGUGUAACCGGCCUGAAAACGUCCACCACUCCGAGGAAGAAUUGAAGAGCAGUGUGUGCAAACUGGUUCUCAGGAUUGGUGAGAUCGAGCGGAAGUUGGAAUCAUUGUCAGGGGUCCGAGAGGAAAUCUCCCAGGUCCUUGGAAAACUCAAUAAACUGGAUCAGAAAAUACAGCAGCCGGAGAAAGUGAAUGUGCAGAUUGACCUGAACUCCUUGACAAGCGAGGCACCUUCUGAUGACAGUGCCUCUCCGAGGGUCUUCCGUUCACACAGUGGCUCCCACGGACCUAAGCUGGAGAACAGUCCUGACUGGUGUUGCUCUGAUGCCAGUGGAAGUAACAGUGAAAGCCUGCGUGUCAAGGCCUUAAAGAAAAGCCUCUUUACCAGGCCAUCUUCCAGGUCCCUGACUGAGGAGAACAGUGCUACAGAGUCUAAAAUUGCCAGCAUCUCAAACUCUCCCAGAGACUGGCGAACCAUCACAUACACCAACCGCAUGAGCCUCAACGAGGAGGAGAUAAAAGAUGCAGGCCCAGCCAAUAACAAAGACUGGCAUAGGAAAUCUAAGGAGGCAGACAGGCAGUAUGACAUCCCCCCACAGCACAGAUUGCCCAAGCAGCCCAAAGAUGGCUUCCUGGUGGAACAGGUGUUCAGCCCUCAUCCUUACCCCACCUCCCUCAAGAGCCACAUGAAGAGUAACCCCCUGUAUACAGACAUGCGACUGACCGAGCUCGCUGAGGUGAAGCGGGGCCAGCCUUCUUGGACCAUAGAGGAAUAUGCUCGGAACUCUGGUGACAAAGGCAAGCUGACAGCUCUGGACCUGCAGACCCAAGAAUCUUUAAACCCAAACAACUUAGAGUACUGGAUGGAAGAUAUUUAUACUCCAGGCUAUGAUUCAUUACUAAAACGGAAAGAAGCUGAAUUCAGACGAGCCAAGGUUUGCAAGAUUGCUGCUCUUAUCACUGCUGCUGCAUGCACGGUCAUCCUCGUCAUUGUUGUGCCAAUCUGCACGAUGAAGUCCUGAACCUGUGGACUCAGCAUUACAUGCAACUCCCGACUCCCAGUGUCUUUCUCUGUAAAUUUCAAAAGCUGACCCCACUGUGGCUACAGUCUGCUGGAAUAGAGACAAAAUCCUGGAUGCUUUUCUACAGUGCCGAAGGUCAUCUUCAGAGAGUAUGUGCUCUGAAAAGACAUCUGCCUAGCUGUUAAGCUUAGACAUAGCUACACUCUGAAUAUAUUUUCAAAAGUACAAUAUCCUUUUCCACAUAAGGAAUGCCGUGGACUGUCAGUAAAUAACAAUUGGAUUCUUUCAUUUGGAUGAUGAUCCAUGGUGGGCAUUAAGUUAUACAGAACAGAUCUAAUAAUACCUGCUCUUCGA